UGUUCUUGGUCGUCGCCAUGGCGGCUCCAUUUGCUCCCAAAUCCUUUCAUCUCUUUCUUCUUCUCACGAGAAGAAGGAAAACAAACCCCCCUCGAAUUUCUCGCCAAAAUAUCGCCUCAGCCAUGCUCAGAUCCCUAUUCAUUUCCGCCAUCGUGAUCUCUACGCUGGUUGGAUCAGUACUCUCCCACGAGGAUCAUGGAGAGAGCAGCUGCGAGUCGAGCUCGGAAGCUCCGAUCAUGGCCGAGUAUAGGCCUGGAAUCGUGACCGUUGAUGGGCAUGCUGAUGAUUGGAGUGAGGUUGAUGGGUUUGAAUUCGCUUUACUUCCCGCGCUGGACCCAGAUGAGGAUCACGAAUACAAGGGCGGGAAAAUGACUGUGAAGGCUCUGCAUGACGGGAAUGACGUUUUCUUCAUGCUGCAAGUUGAGGGGGAGUAUGCUUACUCUAAGGGUGUGAAUAGCAAAUGCCCUUCUGUUGCUCUUAUGUUUCAAGUUGGAGAGAAUGCCACAUAUCACAAUAUGGGUGGGUGUAAAGAACAACCAUCCACAUGCACCAGCAAAACAUGCCGGGGACAUGAAGUUGAUAUCAUGCACUUCUCAAUUGGAAAUGCUAUUCCAGGACGACUGUAUGGCGGCAAUCCCAUAGAUAACAGAGAGGGAUAUGGAGGUGACAGGUUCGGGCAUUUGGUAGAUCUGUAUGCAUGGACUCCGCACUGUCGAUACCUAGAUGGGAUGGGUCCUUCAGGAAAUGAUACGACUGCACAGAACAACUGGAAAGGGGCAUGGUGGCACGAUAGCUUAACUGUUCACUCAGGUUUUGUUGAGGAAGAUAGCCCAUAUGCAACAGCUGGUCAAAAAGGCGCCUAUUACUUCGAAUUCUCAAGGCCUCUAAGGACCAUGGAUCGUCUUCAACAGGAUGCUCAGUUUACGAUUGGUCAAUCGAGCAAGGUGGCAGUUGCUUUCUGGUACCCCAUUGACGGAACUCCGUGGAGCGGGUCCCAGCACUAUUCCGUGAACUGCGAUUGGUUGACCUUGGAUAUCUCCUCGGCCUCCAGCAGCAGCUCUGUUAUGAAAGCAUCUUCGAGGAGUUCAUGGGAUGCUGCCAGUGCCUUCUCCCUGCUCCUAUCUGUGGUCGCCUUCUGCCUGUCUGUAUUCGUCGCAUACUGGGUUUCAAAAACCAAGGCCAUCCCCUUUACACCCAUCGACCACCUUUAGAACGAUUACAUCGUGUUCGAGUGAUGUCCUUGCCACCGGAUCGUAGAGCUCCCAUUCCGUCUCUCACUGUAUAAUUAUUUGGGAUUGCAGUUCUUGGGAUCACAUUGCCGCUUUCUGUUUGAAUUCAUUUCUUCAUGUGGCUGGCUGAUUGGAUUUAUUGUAUUUUGGGCUAAUAGAUAUUCUUUACAUGGAUGUCAUUCUCUUUGAGCUGAUCUAUUGUAGAUUGCUUUUUAUGUUUUC